CCAGGUUUCUCUACUGUAUUUGCGCACUACACCUCCGUCUAUCAAACGCUGCGUCCCGUCGGCCACGGUGGACAGAAAAAAAACGGGCCACAAGAAGAAGAAGAAGUCCGCUGAGCCAUAACAAGAUUAAGGCUACAAAACAAUGGAUGAUUGACAAAAAAGAAAUAUUGACUCAACUAUUCCCAGGAGAAGAGCGACACAUCACUCUUUGAUUACUUUCGACUUUAUUAUUUCUCCUUUUUUCUUGGCAAAAAGGAGACAAAUUUUUGUUUGGAUUUCUCUCCCGAAAACUGCCUACUUUAUAAAGGAUUUUAUAUUUAUUUUUUUAUAUAUAUAUUAGGGGAAAAAAAUCCGGCCUUAGAAAAAACAUUCUCCUCCAAAGACUUGAGUUGGGGAUGUUGAGUUCUGUGAAGAUGGAAGCCCAUGAUCUACCAGAGUGGAAUACUUUCUACAGCGAGGCCAGCGAGAUGUAUUCCUCUCCCAGCACCAUGAACUCUGGUCUGGGCUCCAUGGGCUCCAUGGGCACCAUCAAUAGCUACAUCAACCUGAACCCAGCCACCGCCUCCCCAGCAGGUAUGAACAUGGCGUAUCCCAGCUCCAGCCUCAGUAGCUCCCCACUAGCCUCAAUGGGCUCCGGUCCCAGCCACAUGUCCCUCUCUCCGGUGGCUUCAUCCCUCAGCUCUAGCUCUCUAACUCAGCUGGGUCCCGCUGCUCCGGGCUCCCUCGGCUCUUUGUCCCACUACCAGAACAUGGGCCAGUCCAUGAGUCAGCUGGGAUACCCGUCCACUGCAACCCUGAGCCGAGCAGGGCCCAAGGAGAUUCCCCCCAAGCCCUACCGACGCUCCCUGACCCACGCCAAGCCGCCAUACUCCUACAUCUCCCUCAUAACCAUGGCGAUCCAGCAGAGCGGCAGCAAGAUGCUCACCCUGAACGAAAUCUACCAGUGGAUCAUGGACCUGUUCCCCUACUACCGUGAGAACCAGCAGCGCUGGCAGAACUCCAUCCGUCACUCACUCUCCUUCAAUGACUGCUUUGUGAAGGUGGCACGCUCGCCAGACAAGCCGGGCAAAGGCUCUUACUGGACUCUGCACCCGCAGUCUGGCAACAUGUUCGAGAACGGCUGCUACCUGAGGCGCCAGAAACGCUUCAAGAUCGAGGACAAGAUGGCGAAAAAGGGAGGCAAGAGCCAGGAGGGCGGCUCCGGGAAAGGAGGCCACGGUGGCGAUCACAUGGAGGACCGCAGUCCCACAGGUGGGUCCGAGGGAGCUGACUCCACCCACUCAGACAACUCCCACCCCGGCUCUUCAGAUGACCAGCCCCACCCCCGAAACAACCUGGUUCCAUUGGACUGCCCUCCGCUGUCCUCCUCACACCUCCACAGCCCUCCGGUCUCCCUGCCUCCUUCCUCCUCCACCUCAUCCUCAAUCCCUCCAUCCUCCCUGUCCCUUUCUGGCUCCUCCAGCUCGCUCCUCCACUCUCAGUCUUUAGCCGGUAGCUCCCACCUCCUACCCAGCGCCAUGCAGCAGCACAUGGACCUACAGAGCGACGCCCUCAAGUCCCUCGACCCCCACUACAACUUCAACCACCCAUUCUCCAUCACCAACCUCAUGUCCAACGAGCAGAAGAUGGACCUCAAGUCCUACCAGGACCAGGUGAUGGCCUACAACAGUUACACCAGCGGCUCCCCUGUGGGGGCCAAGCAGAUCUACGACAGCCCAGGACCGGCCGCCAUGGACUCAGGCGCUUACUACCAAACACUGUACAGCCGCUCGGUGCUCAACGCCUCCUAAUAUGGACACUCAGCGCCCACCCCCACCCCCCCAGCAUGCACACACACACACACACACACACAGACACACACACCUCCCUGUAGAGGUGAGCCAUCGUGGACUCUUCUGUCCCUCUCUGCCUUUUUCUAAAAUGGACACCCAGGCUCUCGUUAUCUUCCUGUUCCUUUCUCUCCCUCUCUGGCUCGCGUCCAGUGGCCUUGAAAGAGACUCACACCUAAAAUGGCUGCCAUGUUUGAGGGACCAAAGAACAUUUUUUCUUUUUUUUUUUUCGUUCUUUUAUCAACUCUGGCAAACAAGGAGACUGGUUGGUCACACAUUGGGCUGUGUGGAGCUGAACCACAAGAAGAAGUCUUAACUGAAGAUGAAGGCAUUCGAUUGGCCUGUUUGUAAGUGGAAGUCAUAUUCCAUCUUUGGCCGUCAGCAGGAGCAGCACGUGUGUGUGGGGGGGGGGGGGAUGUGCUUUGUAUAAAAUGUAAAUAGAGGUAAUGUGGGGGGGAGAGGAUAUUUGCAUUUAUUUAUGAAGGGAAUAAAUUUUAAUAUAUCUUGUAUAGCGCUCUGUCGACCAGUUACAACCCUAAUGUGAGUUUUUGUUUUUUUAAAAUCCAAAGACGGAGACGAGAAGGCAAGCUUCAGGUUACUGCUUCAGGCAGGAGUUACUGCAACCGGAGGGGGGGGGGGACAGUUCAUUUUUAGUUUGUGUUACAUCAUCAUCGGUCAUUUUUCACAUUAUUUUCCGUCAAUGUAAAUGUACUCAUAUGAAGUCUGUACUUUUGCAAAAAAAAAACAAAAAAAAAAGAAUAAUAAUAAUAAUAAUUUGUUGUUUUGGUUGAAAUGAAGAAAAGAUAUUGUUGUUCUUGCAGCGGAGCUUUGACGAAACAGAAGGAAAAAAGACAAAGCAACUGUGGUAAAAAAAAAAAAAAAAAACUCUAAAAAAAAAGUAGAAGUUAUGAUUUGUUUCUGUAUCUCACGGCCCGAACCAUUUCCUGUCGUUAUUAAGAAAGCAUUGAACUGAAGGCCUGUCCACAGACUCUUAGGUGUACGGAGGAGUUCAGUCAGUUACUACAACAGUGGAGGGGAGGAGAGAUGCACUAUGGGAGGAUUUACAUACAGUACUUUGCACUACGGAGCUCCCACUGGCCAGGUGGGCUGAUAGUGUGUGUGUGUUACAACAAUACUUAGAAACACCCUCCUCACACUGUCAAUGCAUCAGCUCAAUGGGAUCAGUGAAACAAUGUCGCCGGGUGUCGAAUGGCCGUCGACAACCCCCCGAAAAAAAAAGAAGUGCCUUCAAACGACCGCUGAUCCGAUCGGAGAUCAAUACGUCGACGAUGUGUUGAAGGAUUAUUCCGACAAACAGAAGUUUCAGGUCACGCCAUGUCCUUAGUGGAGCAUGUUUCAGAGAGAAAAGUCCUUUAUUUAAGCUAUUUCGCUUUUCAAACUAGUGUGCUGAUAUAAUAUAUUGUUUUUUUGUUGUUGUUUCUGUUGGUUUAAAUGUGAUUUAAAUGCUUCAUGUUUCAUUUUUUCUUAUUAAAAAGGUAAAAAAUG